AUGAACCUAAGCUUCUUCGACCAAUUCUCAAGCCCCUGCCUACUAGGAAUCCCUCUAAUCCUCCCAUCACUCCUUCUUCCAGCCCUCCUACUUCCAUCACCAGGAAACCGAUGGAUCAACAACCGCCUCUCCACCAUCCAACUCUGAUUCACCCACCUAAUCACAAAACAACUAAUAACCCCCCUAAACAAGGCAGGUCACAAAUGAGCCCUCCUACUCACCUCACUUAUCCUAAUACUCCUCUCCAUUAACCUCCUAGGCCUCCUCCCCUACACCUUCACCCCAACUACCCAACUAUCAAUAAACAUGGCCUUAGCCCUGCCACUAUGACUAGCCACCUUACUAACAGGCCUGCGAAACCAACCCUCCGCCUCCUUAGGACACCUACUCCCUGAAGGCACCCCCACCCCACUGAUUCCAGCCCUAAUCAUAAUCGAAACAACCAGCCUACUUAUUCGGCCAUUAGCCCUAGGAGUACGCCUAACAGCAAACCUCACAGCUGGUCACCUACUUAUCCAACUUAUCUCUACAGCCACAAUCGCCCUACUACCAAUAAUGCCAUCAAUCUCCGCCCUAACGGCACUCAUCCUAUUCCUACUAACCAUCCUAGAAGUGGCAGUAGCAAUAAUCCAAGCCUACGUCUUCGUCCUCCUCCUAAGCCUCUACUUACAAGAAAAUAUUUAA